AUGCCGAUCCGCCCGUUGGACGAUUGGGCCUCUGCCCGCACCUUGUCCCUCCCCCUCUCCGCUCUCAAAGGGGCCGUCGUCGGUAUCGAUGCGUCGCACUACAUCUCGCAACACCUCUCCCACCCUUCCACCCGUGAACCGCUCCUGAUCGCACUCGGAGGUUUCCCAUUCGCGCUGAGAAGCAACAUUGAGAAGGAGCUUCAGGUGUUCAAGGAUCUGGGCGUGGCCGUCAUCUUCGUCUUCAGCGGCUUGGACUUUGGAAAGAAGAACCAGCGACCUGCCAUACAGCACGAGACCGUUCGGGCGUUUGAGAAUGCUUGGGAACUGUAUGACCAACAGCAGGCUGACCAGGUUGUCGAGGCAUUCAGUAGCGUUGGUACUCCCCGACCAGAGUCUCUCUAUCGGUUCCUGCAGCGUAUCCUCGUCCAGAAUGGCAUAGACUACAUGGUAGCGCCGUACAGCGCUGCGGCCCAGCUCGCUCAUCUCAGCAGCGGCCCCAACCCAGUUAUCGACGCUAUAUGGGGACCUUCAGAAGUCCUGCUAUUUGACGUUGACAAGCUAGUCACGCGGAUUGAUAUCGACCCGGCCCAGUUCUUCUGGAUCAACAAGCAAACAUGUCAGGAGGAGCUCGGCCGGCUAACGAAUGAUCAAUUCCUGGAUUUCGCCCUCUUACUCGGCUCUUCCUUCCUACCGAUAUUCCCACCCUUCGAUAAUCCGUCUUUUCCAGGCAAGAGCACCUCUAUCCGUGAUGCACUGAAUAUGUUCAACCAGUCUGGGCGAAGCGCCCUCCAUCUUUGCGGACAGUUAGAGGAGCGCAAUCAGGAUUCUCAGUAUACGGACAGCUAUAAGCGUGCAUUUAUGAAUGUCAAACACCACGUUGUCAUGGAUUUGGAGGGGCGUGUCGGCCCUUUGGAUGCGGAUAACAGCCCCACCGACAUGCACGAGGUAAUCGGCCAACGUCUUCCGGAGGAGCUCUACUUUUACAUCUCAAAGGGAAUACUUGGCCCUGAUGUGCCAAACUAUCUGACCUCUGGCGAGGUUUUGAUUUCACUGCCCCUGGGCGUUGAAGACACAGAGAUCUACCGCCAGGUUGCGGGCGAGAAGCUGGCUCCCCUGCGAGAACAGGCAAUUGGAUUGCUGUCAAAUUCCCUCCAUCGCUUCUACCAGGUCAAACCCAUCCAUGCACGCACUUGGUACGACGAAAACUCCGACUCUAUCAUUAACCUCAAGACUCUCCCCUCAGUAAAAGACUCUAUUCGUGCCUGGAAGAUCCCUAGUGAUAGGUACACCGAGGGAGUCAAAAACCUACAGGUAUAUCUUACAACAUCCUUUUGCUUCUAG